CUGUGCCGUUAGCCGGCGAUUUCCUUCCAGUUCUUUCCACUCUCUCCCCCCUUCCCCCCCACCCCCACCCCACCCCACCCCACCCCGGGCGGCGUUCUUCCCGCCGGAGGAGAUGAGCGGCGGCGGUGAGGGCCAAGAAAGCCCGGCGAUCGAGAGAGCGGCAGACGCGGCGGACGAGCUCUACCGCGUCCGCGACACCUUCUUCCCCAAGGACCCGGCGGAGAAGAUCUCGAGGCUCCAAGCCCUAGCCGACGCUGCUCUCAGCAUCCUCGACUCCUUUCCCCCUGAACAAAGGAAGUCGCCAUCACAACGUGCAGUCUAUGAAUUUUUGAGGGGAAAAAUACUGGAUGCGUUUCCUGAUUAUCGCAAAGAAGCAGAAGACCAUUUGUCAAAAGCUGUCAAGUUGAAUCCAUCUCUUGCAGAUGCGUGGUUAUGCUUAGGUAAUUGCAUUUGGAAGAAGGGAGAUCUGCCUUCAGCAAGGAACUGUUUUUCUUUAGCACUAAGCAAGGGUACAAACAAGAAACUACUUUGUCAGCUGUCAAUGCUUGAAAGAAAGAUGGCUCAAGGCACUGAAGAUCAAGCACAAUUAGUCGAAGAAAGCAUUAAACAUGCUAAAGAAGCAGUUAUGUUGGAUAUCAAGGAUGGGAAUUCUUGGUAUAAUCUUGGAAAUGCAUGCCUCACAAGUUUUUUUGUAACUGGAGCAUGGGACCACAAUAAGCUUCAGCAAUCACUGAAAGCUUAUCAAAAUGCUGAGAAGGAUGAACUGAUGAAAUCUAAUCCAGACCUGUACUUCAAUUGUGCUACUGCGAACAAGUAUUUAGAAAACUAUGAAAGGUCUCUUCAUGGAUUUGAAUCUGCUGCUCUGAAGGAUCCUAGCCUCAAUGCUGAUGAGGAAGUACAAAAGAUCAUCAGUCUUCUCGACAAGAUAGAGAGUUCGAUGAAGGGGCAGAUCAGAGCGAAACGACUAGCAUCUUUAGUGUCAUCCUUAGGUGAAGUUAAAUUGAAAAUGCACAGAAAAGCCACAAUUAAUAUCCUUUCGGAGGGCCUGAACAAAGCAGUAGCUAUUGUUGGGAAGGUGCUCAUCUUCAUAAAGCAUGACAAUAUAGCUCCACUGUAUUACUUAGCAUGCGACUUGGAUCAAACUUUUUUCAUUCUCUCUGUGUAUGGGCUACAUAGUGAUGCGAUAAAAGAAGGAGAUCGGGUAACAUUGCUGGAACCAUAUAAGCGGGUGAUUGAUUUUUCAUGGAAGGGAAAACACUAUCAAUUCAAGUCAAUCCGUGUGGAUUUUAUGGAACAAAUUCUUGUGAAUGAAAAGGCACCAGCUUCUCAUCAUGCAGUCCAAGCUUACAUACAUGCGCAGCACAAACCAUGAACCAUUAUAUAGUUUGUGGUUAUUCUCAGUCCCAUGUUUUUUGGUGUUGCAUAUGAAUCUGUAAAUCCCAACUUAUAAUUGGAUCACACAUGUUAUACCAAGGUGGCCAAUGUCAAUAUCUUUUGGUCCCUAGGCAACAUUUCCUUUAUUAGGAGUCUGAAUGCUGUAAAUUAGAACGUCCUAUAUUGAUGUCCUAUUUAAGUUCUUUUCCGUUGCCAAAUAUGAAUCUUACUCUUCCAUAGUGGUGGAAGAGAAUCAAUAACAUUCCUCAAAAUGUGUGGAA